AUGCGCCAGGCAGUGGCUGCACGGCGUGCGCUGUCCGAGUCUGUGCUGGCUGAGCUCCGGCCCAGUUACCCGCUUUUGGACCAGUACAAGGACUGGGCGGUGGUCAACACGGAGAAGGUCCAGUGGGGCGACCUGGAUGCCUUCAACCACGUGAAUAACUGCGUGUUUUUGCGCUACUUUGAGAAUGCGCGUUUCCAGAUGAUUGAGGAAAUGAGCAAGGAGUACGAUGCGGGCUGGUCCGAGGGCAAGGGCGCGUCAGUGAUCAUGGCGGACAACUAUGUGCGCUACCGCUCUCCGCUCUACCAUCCGGACGAGAUUGCCACCGUUGUUCGCGCCGAAGAUGCCCGUGAGGCAGACAUGUACAUUGCGUUCAAGAUCCUGUCCAAGCAGCAGAACAAGGUCGUAGCUGAAGGUCGGGGCCGGCUAGUCAGCUUUGACUACGGCAAGGGCUGCAAGGUCCCCUUUCCCACGGCGGUUCUCGAUGCCAUCCGUAACAUGCAAGGCUCUGACUUUGAGGUCUCUACUGAGCAAUAG